AUGUUUAAUUUUGCUCGAUUCUUUGGAUUCGGUUUCCAAUCUAAAUUAGAUAAUCUGCUUAAAUAAGAAAACUUAACUUUAGAGACCAUCUUAAACGAAGAAGACAUUUUACAAGAAUUAAAAAUGUCAAGCUCAGAAAAAUUCGCUGAUUUCAUUAUCUCUCAUCCAAAUGAAUAUUAAAAAAUGAUCCAUUACAUUAUUGAUGAAGUCGAACCACAAGAAUAAGAUAUUAACACAUACAUUAAAUAUCAAUUUAUAAUUAGUGAGGUAUUUAGUUCUGAAAAUGAAAAACUAAUUAACUAUUUAUUUGAUAAACAGAGUGAAAACACCCAAGAAGAUAUAUAGAAUCCUUUGGAAGAUUCAUAGCCUGAUCUUGUACCUACUCAAGAAUAAUUAAAUAAAGAAUUAAUUAGACAACACUUACUUGAUGAUUUCCUUGUAGUUUUAGAAAAAGAUGCACUAAUAAUCACUACAGCUGGCUAUGUUAAUAAGAUAAUCGGAGCCAUUAUCCAUAAAAGAGGGCAUGAUUUUUGGGAGUAUAUAAUAAAAAAUCAAAAUAUCAUAUCAAAUCUGUUCAAACAUGCAGCACUAAGACAUAUAACUGAAAUCAUUGAGAAGCUGAUCAUUCUAGACACAAAUCAAGAGGAAAAUGAAGAAAAGCACUUUCUAAAGGAAAGAGCAGAAUUAAUUAUAAGAUUGCAAAAGUUUUUAACUUCUAACUCCCAUUCAAAUGUUAUCAUAUCCAAUGUGUGUGAUAUAUUCAUCGAACUAUAUAAGAGAGAAUUAUAAACAAUUGACACGACACCACAUUUGAGAACAAUUUUACCUAAUGUUCCCUCACCCUAAUAUCUCAUGAAUCUUGCCAUUUAAACUCAAAACACUUCAGUUUAUAACUUAUUAAACAUAUAGUUUGAAUUUUAUACAAAAAUUGAAGUGUUAGAAGAUGGAAAAUAAGCAGUUGAUCUAAAACAACUAUAUUCUAGCGUGAUUUCAUAAUUACCCUCAGCCUUGAUCUAACAAGACAUCUUUAAAGUGGCUUUUCAAACAUCAAAAGGAGAUCAAGUCUAUCCACUUGGUGAUUCCAAAUUAUCAUUAAUUUCUUUUAUUAUUUAACUUUGUUAAACCGAAGAAAUAGCAAAAGAGAUUACACAAGCAAUAAUAUUUUAAAAUAUCCUUAAUCUUACACUCAAAUAUCCCUCCAAUAACUAAUUAUAAAUCCUUUUCGAAAAACUGGUAAUAACAGUUCUCUAAAGCAAAGUUUCUUAUCUUUAAAAACUGUUAUUUCAAGACUAAUUACUAUUAAAAUUUUUGAUGUAGUAUAACGGGAUCUAGGAAAGAAAAUAGAAACCAUUGUAUUAAGGAAUUUUGACAAAAAUUACUAAUUAUCUUAAUUCUAAUAUCAAUUAAUCAGAAGAAUUAGCUAAUUCCAUUGAUCAAAUCAAGGAAGAAUGGUAGAAAUACAUAGAUGAAUUAAACGAAAUAAACCAAAAAGAAUUACAAUGGAUGUUAGGAGUUAAUCCUAGAAUGAAGGAAUAAAUAAAUUCUGGAUCUUCCAGUCCCUUUAGGCCUGAUCCUUUGAUUUCAUAUUAAGGAAUAAGAAAUGUAGAAAAUAAUGACGACAAUCCCAUCAAUUAAUAGCAAAAUGAUGAUGCUGAAGUAUAGGAGAAUUUAAACAAUGAAAUUCAAUCUGAAGAUUAAGAUGAGUAAAUUUAAUAUGAUGCCUUACAGAUUUCUACUCAUGAAACCUCAAACAAUAAAGUUCAAUCUGAUGAUAAAGAAGAGUAAAUUUAAUAAGAUACCAUACAGAUUGCUUCCAUCAAUCAAAAUUAAUUUGAUGAUAAUCAAUAAGUAUUAGAGCAACAUUAAGAGAUCUAAGUUCCUGGAAUUUUAACUGAGAAUAUUAAUUUAUAAUUAGAAGUAAUACAAACUGAAUUGAUACCAGAACCAGAACCAACAGAGUUGAUUGAUUAGCAGUAACAACAACAUCAGCAAAAUAGUAAAAAUGAUGAAUAGGAAAAUUAAUAAGAAUUAUGUGAACCAGAACCAUAACAAUAAAAUUAAUUUUAGAAUUAAGAACCUUAGGAAGAGCCAGAUGGCAGUUAACAACUUCUAGAAUCUAAUCCUUAAGUUUAAGAAGAUAAUUGAAAUAAUAUUAUUAUUAAUAUUAUAUUCAUUUUUAAUUCA